GUCAAUUAUUUAUUAAGUUCAGUGGUAUAUUGUGUCAAAAUGAGGAAGGUUUUGUUAGCAAUUUUUUGUUAUUUGUUCCAGAUUUCGAUAGCCCGCCAAGGAAUAAGUAUACUUGUAGGUAAUAAUGAAUACCCAAUUCCUGAUCCAUUUUCCUUUAACCCAUUCGGGAGUCACCAGCAGUCAGCUGCCACGCAGCAGCCGGCUCCAAGCCUCAACUUAUUCAACCCAGGAACCAUUUUAAACGCUUUAUCUCCACAACCACAACCAGCUCCACAAUCUCCACCAGCACCACAAUCUCCACCAGCACCACAAUCUCCACCUUCACCAUCAACUCAAAAUCCAAUAGGAUCUUUCGUUUCAAACAUAAUCUCUGGUAUAUUUCCUACUCCUACCCCAAAUUCUGGUUCAGCACCGAAUUCACAAGGUGCACCUUCGGCAAAUCCCUCUGUUUCUGCAAAUGGAUCACCACCAGCUUCUUUGCCAUCAUUGCCGUCUUCAGUUCCUAUACCUAAUGGCAAUGUAGCGUCAGCUUUACCAAAUCUAUCUGGAUUGCCAUCUGCUUCCAUACCUGGCUUCGGUGGUGUCCCUCUACCAUCUUUACCUGGUGGUAGUCCAAGUUCUCCUAAUGUAUCUGGAUCUAUAAGUGGUAAUCUGCCUUCUGGAACACCUGGAGUGACAGCGCCUUCUGGUGCGGCUGCGGCCGGAGCUACUACUCAAGGAGCUGGUGCAACUACUGCUGCUGCAGGCGCAACUACUGCUGCUGCUGGUGCAACUACAGCGGCUGCGGGCGCAACUACUCCUGCAGGCGCCACCACCGCAGCUCCUGGUGCCACAACUGCGGCACCAGGAGCUACUACUGCUGCUGGUGCAACGACCGCAGCAGCUGGUGCAACUACACCCGCCGCCGGUGCAACUACACCUGCCGCCGGCGCAACUACACCCGCUGCUGGUGUAACCACACCCGCCGCCGGUGCAACUACACCCGCCGCCGGUGCAACUACACCCGCCGCCGGUGCAACUACACCCGCCGCUGGUGCUACUACUCCCGGUGCUGGUGCAACUACUCCCGCUGCUGGUGCGACUACCGCAGCUGCUGGUGCAACCACACCUGCUGCAGGAGCUACGACACCUGCUGCAGGAGCAACGACCGCUGCCGGUGCAACAACCGCAGCCGGUGCAACUACCGCUGCCGCUGGAGCAACCACUCCUGCUGCUGGUGCAACGCCUCCCGCUGUAUCAGCACCAACUGGCACACCUACUGGCUCUGCGCCAUCUAUAUCUGGAGGCGUUAACUCUCCAACUCUUGGAUCACCAUCCUUACCUAACCUUCCUAACUUAUCUCCUGGUAAUCUUCCUAACCCCAUGGCAGCUGUGGGAUCUAUCCCUUCAGAAAUAUCUAAAGUUAGCAGUGCUGUGAAUCCAGGAAAUGCACUGCCUAUUUCUCAGCUCCAAUCUGCUGUCAGCUCGGGUCUUCCUGCUGCUGCAGGAAACCUGCCAUCACAGGCUCAAAAUGCAGCUGUUUCAAGUGCACAGGCAAUCUCCAGUGCUGUACCAACAGGAUCAGUAUCGUCCGCUUUCAACUCUCAAUCUGCUUCAGCAUCAGUGCAAGGACAUCAGCAAGCAGGCGGCUUCCCUGACAUAAGCGGAGCUGUUUCAGGAGCCGCACAACAGAUUGCAGGGAAGGCAAAUAAUAUCGCAGGAGCGGCCAAUGAACUAGCUGGCAGUUUUGUAGGUGCCGCCCAAGAUAUCACAGGGAAGGCGACUAAUCUUGCAGCAUCAAUAGGAGGAGCAUUCUUUGGAAAGAAAUAAUAAUAAACAAAAGAAGAAAAGCUAUUAAAAUUAUGUAAACUAAG